AUGGGAGCAAAACUAACCCUCAGGGAUGCUGACCAUGUUGUCAUUGUCGGUGGUGGUUUCGGAGGGAUUGCUGCAGCUAAGCAGUUAUCAUACUACAGCAUCCCUUACACGCUGAUCGACAUAAAGCAUGCCUUCCAUCACAACAUGGGGGCACUUAGAGCAUCGGUACAGAAAGGAUUUGCAGCGAAAACGUUAAUAGCAUAUGAUGCAACAUUCAAAAGCAACUUCAAACAAGGCAAAGUCACUGAUAUUGAUUUAGAAGAACAGAAUGUCAUUAUGGAGAAUGGGGAGGUCAUACGUUACUCUCAUCUUAUUCUGGCAACUGGUAGCACAGGCCCAUUUCCUGGAAAAUUAAUUGAGCCAGUUAGUAGGGACACUGCCAUCCAGAUGUAUGAAGAUUUAGUACAAGAGAUUCAGAAAGCUGAAACUAUUGUUGUAGUUGGAGGUGGACUUGCAGGCGUUGAGUUAACUGCAGAAAUCAGGACAGACUACCCUGACAAAGAGGUAACCUUGAUUCAUUCAACUUAUAUUCUAGGUGACUCUGAGGUUUUACCUAGUGUAAGACGUGGAGUAAAGGAAAUUCUUAUCAAUAAAGGUGCUCACCUUCUAUUAGGACAGAAAGUCAAUAACCUGGAAGAACUAACUGUGAAUAAGGCACAGAAAGACAUGAAAGUACUGACAAACAAGGGACAAGAGAUUACAACAGAUAUGGUCAUUUGUUGUACUGGAAUAAAGAUUAAUUCCUCUGCGUAUGCCAAUGCCCUCAAAGAUAAACUCAAUGAACAUGAUGCAAUAAUAGUCAAUGAACAUCUGAAUGUGAAGGGAAUGAAGAUUGUUUUUGCAAUAGGGGACUGUGCAAAUGUGAACGAGCAUAAAUCUGCCUACACUGCUGAAUUCCAAGCAAUUGCAUGUGUGAAAAAUAUCGUCCACAGCCUUAGGGACGAACCUAUGGAACUGUACAAACCAGGUGCUCCUUAUAUGUUAGUGACAAUGGGCCGGAAUGAUGGCGUUGGCCAGAUGUGUGGCUGCAACGUUGGGAGGUUAAUCGUGACUUACGUCAAAAGCAAGGACCUACUGGUUAAGACAAGCUGGAAAAAGAUGGGUCAACGGAUGCCACACUGA